GUGCGACGGGAAGAGGAGCAAAGUUUGGCAACUUUUUUUUCGGAGUCAACAAAAGAGAAAACAGUGACACGUUUGAGGUUUUAGUUGUUGGUUUUGUGAAGCAGAAGGAGCGAGUUUCACCGGAGCAGAGCGAGAAGAAAAGAAAAGGAAAAAGAGACGGAGGAGAUCAGUGUUUUUAAAAAUGUAAAAGUCCAAAGAAAAGAACGACCGUCGUCUGAAUGAAACUCGUGAAGAGCAAAAGUCGCCCGGAAACGCCAAACAUGGAGCCUGAACCCGUGGACGCCAUUUUGGAGGAGGACACUCUGAGCAGGGACCAAUGGGACCAGGCCUUGAAAACGCGCCGCGAUCUGAUUGGUGGAAACACUCCGAACUCCGUCUCCUCCUCCGUCAGCUCCUCCCCCUUUCUGUCGGCGUGGUUUCGGCGGGAAAAGGGCGCAAACGAUGACGAGGAGGAGGAGGAGGAGGAGCUGGAGGAGGUGAGGGUGGCGUUUGUCACCGUGGAAGACGAGUCCUGUCAAUCGGAGCCUUUUGGACACGCCCACGAACAGGUAUCGACGAAUCAGAGCGGAGAUGGAGACGACAUGAAGAGAUUGACCAAUGAGAGAGGAGAACGAGAGCUGGAGACGGAAUAUACGCGGAAAUCAACCAAUCAGAGCAAAGAUAUGGACCGAGCAACAAAUGAAAACGCAGAGACGGAGGAAUUAGCCAAUGAGGAGACGGCAGCAGAACACACAAAUAAACAUGAGGACAGGACGGACGAGGACGCAGCCAAUCGCAAAAGACAAAGUGAAAGUAUGAAGACAGAUGAGCAGGGACCGACCAAUCAGAACACGGAAAAGGGCGGGGACAACGAUGACGCGAAGGAAGUGACGUCACAGCAGAAUCAGAUGAAGAGGAAACUGGACCAUGGUCCCGACGGUCGACCGUUUCCUACAGGGAAGAAGCACUGCAAAGGCAACGGGAACCUCAGUCCAGCGAGUUUGGCUCCGGCCAUGCCCACCACCUUCGGGGACCUGCGAGUGGCCAAUGGGCAUUCAGCUCAGAGGAGGCGUGUCACCUCAGGACCGCCCCCUACUGGACUACAGGAGUGGCUGCGCACGUUCCAGACCUGGAGCGGUCCUGAGCGUCUCUUGGCUCUGGAUGAACUGAUCGACCGCUGUGAGACGACGCAGGUCAAACACAUGAUGCAGCUGAUAGAGCCACAGUUUCAGAGGGACUUCAUCUCCCUGCUGCCCAAAGAGCUGGCCCUGUACGUGCUGACGUUCCUGGCGCCCAGAGACCUGCUGCAGGCGGCUCAGACCUGCAGAUACUGGAGGAUCCUCGCUGAAGACAACCUGCUGUGGAGAGAGAAGUGCAGAGAGGAGGGGAUCUCGGAGCAGGCGUCGGCCGCUCGGAGGAAGGACGCCUGUGUGAGUCCGUGGAAGUCUGCGUACAUCCGACAGCAUCGCAUCGAGAGCAACUGGAGGAGCGGGGACAACCGGGAGCCCAUGGUGCUCAAAGGUCAUGAUGAUCAUGUGAUCACGUGUCUGCAGUUCAGUGGUGACCUCAUCGUGUCGGGAUCUGACGACAACACGCUCCGAGUGUGGUCCGCCAUCACCGGGAAGUGCCUGAGGACCCUGACAGGACACACGGGGGGCGUGUGGUGCAGUCAGAUGUCUGUUUCCACGGUGAUCAGCGGCUCUACGGACCGGACGCUGCGUGUGUGGGACGCGGAGAAGGGCGAGUGCGUGCACAUCCUGUACGGACACACGUCCACAGUGCGCUGCAUGCAUCUCCACGGCAACAGGGUGGUGUCUGGCUCUCGGGACACGACUCUGCGUGUGUGGGACGUGGCGAGCGGGCGCUGUGAGCACGUGUUGGCGGGUCACAUGGCGGCGGUGCGCUGCGUGCAGUUUGACGGGCGCAGGGUGGUGUCGGGCGGGUACGACUACAUGGUCAAAGUGUGGGACCCCGAGUCUGAGGUGUGCCUCCACACGCUGCAGGGGCACACCAACCGCGUCUACUCCCUACAGUUCGACGGUGCGUUUGUGGUCAGUGGGUCUUUGGACACGUCCAUCAGAGUGUGGGAGGCGGACACAGGUAACUGCGUGCACACUCUGACCGGGCAUCAGUCCCUCACCUCUGGGAUGGAGCUCAGGGACAACGUGCUGGUGUCCGGAAACGCAGACUCCACCGUGCGAGUGUGGGACAUCAGGAGCGGGCAGUGCCUCCACACGCUACAAGGUCCAAACAAACACCAGUCUGCAGUGACGUGUCUUCAGUUCUGUCGGGGUCUGGUUCUGUCCAGUUCGGACGAUGGGACGGUCAAACUGUGGGACCUGACGAGCGGCGCUUGGCUCCGGGACGUGGUGGCGCUGCAGAGCCGAGGGUCAGGUGGUGUGGUUUGGCGAAUCAGAGCGUCCGACACUCGUUUGGUUUGCGCGGCCGGGAGUCGAAACGGGACGGAGGAGACCAAACUGCUGGUGCUGGACUUUGACCUGGGCGAGAAGAGGAAGGAGGACGACUGAUGACCAAAUACUCACCGAAAUAAAGCUCAACUUUUUUUUUUUACCAAUGUCGUGGGAAUUCCUGACGUUCCUGAUGUUACCACGACGACACAAACUGCUGGAGACUUUCCCAGACAAAUGAAUGUUCGAACACACACUGGAUGUAAUGGUUUAAACAAAAAAAGAACUUGAAACUGAAACGUUUUUGAAUGUAAAGUGACACACAAGCUGCUAAACCGACCACGACCACAACGCCAAAAGAGUUUGAACGACCACGAUCCACGUCGCCAAGAGAGUUUGAACGACCACGAUCCACGUCGCCAAGAGAGUUUGAACGACCACGAUCCACGUCGCCAAGAGAGUUUGAACCGACCACGACGUCAAAAGAGGCAAAGGUUUAAACUCUGUAAGACUCUGUAAGUCGCACUCUGUAACUUUUCUGCAAAAUGGCCGCCACCUGCUUGUUUCUAUGGAGAUGAGUGUUGUGAAAAGUCUGAGAUGACUAUCCCUCUCUUUCCUCAUCUCCUCUUUCCUCUCGUCUUUCUCUUUCUCUUCGUCCAGGUUUUUUUUUUAGUCACAAACACAAAAUGCACUCGCCUCUCCAUAGAUUUGACCUGUACCUCGGCCCAGCGGCGUCGCCUGUGUGUCUCAGUGGAAAUGGAAACGUUUAAUGUCGUACCGUUAAACGUCCGAGUCAAACCGUUAACGUCUCCAUGGUGACGCAUCAGAAAAGUUACACAGUGCGGCUUUACGUAAAAAUGGAUUUAUUUAUUUUUUUGGCUUUUUUUUAUUUUGAGCUGCUGUGAAAAUCCUGCUUCAGCUCCAGUUACUGUGAAAAUAAAGUCUUUGUUUUGUUUUUAAAACAAAUGUGCGACGUGUUCAGAGGAAAUCAAGAACAUGGAACAGUGAGUUUCAGACGUUUUUUGCCGAGGGAAGCACUGAAAACCAAACGGACAGAGCUCAACACUGACCCCUCCUGGAUCUGGAAGGAAAUGCACCUUCAUUUUUCUCUUAAACUUUAUAAAAAACUAUUAAAGGUUUGAGCUCAGGGUCAAUCGGCGACGUGGUAACCUUAGAGUGUGUAUAAAUGGACAUCGCUAACCCGCUAGCCGCCGCGUUCCAAACAGGAAGUGAUCGUGUGCGCACUUCCUGCUCCGUCGACUCGUCAUUCUGGUCUUAAAUGUUCGUAUUAACCCUCUACAUGAUCCUGGGGUUUUUAUUUCACUAUUGUGUCUGUAAAUCAAGAUAUAAACAUUAAUAACCGCGUUGCUAAGCGCCCGCUCUCUGCUAAUCCAGCGACGUGGGCGUGAAGGGGCGUGACCUUUAACAGCCUCGCUCCUGAUUGGCUCUUUGGUCGCUAUGAUACUCGCAGUCAGAAUUCCAAAUAUGUAACUCUGCUCCAAAUUGGCGGCUAUAACUGCUAGCCUCGUUGAGCUUCAAUUUGACUGGAACCAAAUGCUAGCACAUAGCUGGUUAGCAUGUAGCUGGUUAGCCUCCGCGAUGCUUUUGAACUCUCAUUUGUUUUGUUUUUUGUAAAACUCGAUGGGAAAAAUGGAUGGGAGAUUUACUUCUGAACCAGAGCGGAUGUGGAAGUGGGCGGGGCUGUGGAGCGGAAGUGGGCGGGGCUGUGGAGCUACGUUGGGAUGUAAUUGUGACCAAACCUUUAGAAACAUAAAUGCAAUUAUCUAAAGUUACUGUUACAUUUUAUAAACUGUCAGUGGAUGUGGAGCCUAUGCUAAGUGUCGUAGCCUAGCGUAGCCUAGCAUAAUGAGAUAUGGUCAAAUUUCACUAAAGUUGGUUCAAAAAUAGUUGGGGUUUAGCGCCAAAUUUUCAGUCCAAAAUGAGUCGGCGUUUACAAAAUUGAACUCAAAAAUUCAAAGUUCUUUUACUUCUGUCAUUAUUUCCAUUUCCUGCAGAGACGACGGCGCCAUCUGGUGGUGUGGAGGUGAAUGUGAGACUGUGCCAAAGUGAGCGCGUUUACUCGUGUUUUUAUAUUUAAGGAGGUUUAAAGCUGCCGUCUUUAAUCCAAUCACACACGGCAUCUUUAAAACGACUUUUCAAUCAUGUUUAUUUGCCAAAACUGUUGUAUUUUUGUCAAGAUUUUUAAAAAGCCAGAUGCCCUUCCUAGCUACACGGCGUCCUAACAUGGAUUAAAGCUACAACAGUCCGUUUAAAGCUUUACAUUUCUCUUAAACGAUUCUGACUCGACUGUGACAAACUGGAUUAUAAUAAAAAUCUACUUUCUGUCUGUUUGGUGAAAACGAGCCGCGGUCGCUGCUGUUUCUAGGCAACACCUGCGGCGGCGGACGUCCUUAUACGGUCGGUGCUUCCCUCGGCGUGUGGAGGUGAUGCUGCUGUUUUAAAGUGUAAUCAUGUGAAUAGUGUAAAUAUAAAUGUACAGAGUUUUAUAAAGUCUUCAGUCGAUGGAAAUGUUCAGUAAAGAUGAGUUUUAUAUUAAAGUGUUUGUGUUUUU